AUGACGAAUCCGCAAGAUGUGGAAAUCCUAAUUCACAUCGCUGCGCCCAGCAAAGCUUCCGAUGAUGCCAGAUACAGGUCACUGGCAGCAGCAUAUAUACACUUUCAUCCACAGAAGCGUCAUAAUAUUUCAUCCACAGAAUCAUCCGGCCAGGAAAAGACCAUCAUUCCCGCCACGACACAUACAGCAUCUGUUGCGAGCCAAGACCCAAUUUCACAACAGCUCAUUGGCUCUGAUGAGUGCUUUUCCUCGUUCAGAUCUUUCCAGGCCUCCUUUGACAGUGUAAUUGACAACGUGGGCUCACCUACAAAUGCGGCUCAGUGGCAGACUCCCGGCCCCCAACGACUCAAAGCUGGGAAAAAUGAGCUGCAGUCCUCGUGGAAAACUCCACCGAGUGUUGUACAGGAUUCUGUUCCAGAAAAUGAUGCCACCACGGCAUUGUUGACCACGCCAACGAGAGUACUUGAGCACUAUUUGCAAAAUUUCACAACUCCAUCGCAAGCAUCACAAAGAAUUAGCGGUGAAGGGAACAGGUCUCUUGUCCAAAACCUCACCUCAUAUACUGCCAGCUCUGACCAGAAAUUGCCAGGGCAGGGUGCUAACAAUCAUCUUUUACCCACCAUUCCAUGUACACCUGGGAACAAACCUCUGCAGGUAGCUUCAUCGGUAGAACUUGGGGAGACCUCAUCUGACCUUCGAGUGGACCGGCCUGGAAAUGACGCGGCAAAUGGAACACAAGUUCCGACUUCCGAUGAUGAAGUCGUUGAGGAUACGGUCAUAAUAUAUGAGCCAGAGACGCCACAGAUCAUUAGAGCAGAUUCGGAACCACCCCCAACCAAACGGUUACGGCAAGACAAUCCAGAUGCGAGUUCAGUAGCUCCGACUAGGACGGCUAGCGGCAUUGGACCACAUAAGAUACCAAAUGGUUCUACGAGGACUAUCACAUUUCUCCCAGUCCACGGGUACGGAUACAAUAGUCUUGAGCUGAACCCCCCGGAUCCGCCCGCUGGUUGCGCCUCAGUCCUUCCCGACGACCUGAUCACACCGGGCCUGCAGAAACUCGCUGCAGAUCUAAAGCUUUCUCAGAGAUACAAGCCAGAACUCACAGCUAGAGAAAUACGGCCUUUUGAACGCGGCUAUUGGACGCUAGAUUGCACCGAUUGGCCUCAGGACUUGAAGACCGAGACAUGGGUAUUCCUGGCGAAUUAUAUUGGUACGGGCGUAUCUGGCUGGGGAGUGUCAUGCAAGCGGGAUGAGCAGUUUACAUGCGUACGACUGUAUUGCUGGGGUUGCUUGGUCGCACACAUCUACUUGUUAAUCUGGCUUGCUAGCCGCAGGAGAGUCAGCUACAGUGGAGCAACAUGGAUUGACGGUGAGGGCAAGGUCGUCAUUGCCAUGGGCAGAAGACAAGGAACUUGGAUACGAAUGUGA